AUGCCCCACCCGUCCUCCCCUCCACCCUGCAGCUUUCAGGCUAAAUCCAAACACUUGGCCUCACCCAAUCCAAGUCGCGCGGCCUCUGUGCACUCACCUUUUGUGCGCGUGUUUCUCCUGAUAGCCGCCAUUACAAGAGUUUUAAAGCUGAGUUUCGCUGUGGUCAUCGCUUUCUUCGUCUGCUGGGCACCCUUCCACGCGCAGCGCCUGAUGACGGUGUACAUCAACCCGGCUGAGUGGACUCCAGAACUGCUGUUGGCCCAGAGCCAUCUCUUCUACAUCUCAGGCGUCCUGUACUUCCUGAGCUGCACCGUCAACCCUAUCCUGUACAACCUGCUGUCCAGGAAGUUCCGCCAGGCUUUCAAACGGACGCUGUGUCGCUGCUGCUUCAACCUUGACACACAUUCCAUCCCCGCGUUCUACAAGCUCAAGGCCAAGUUCGUGGGCGCCGAGCACCCCCUGCGGCCCCACCCCAGCAACUCUUGCUUCCUCUACCAGGACAACGCCAUCCGUCUGGCCAAGUUCACGGACAACGAGGUCAGGAAAGGUCACCGCCUGCUGCCCUACGGGUACCCCUCCACGGACGAGACCACGUGCAAGAACUCCAGCCCCACCCAGGGCAACACCAGCGCCGCGCAUGCGCACUCGGACGGCAGGCUGCACCGGAUAUGUCGUCACAAGUACUGCUCGAGCCGGCGGGGCAACAACCUGUCGGGGAUGUCCCCCAGCGGGUCGGUAGGCCCCCAGGUGGUGGUGACGCCCAAGUCGCGCACCCUGGUCUCCUACCCCGACAUCCUGUGUCACUCCAGGCCCGACCUGGCGCAGCACGCGCACAGUGAGCGCUACUCCCUGCCGGACAGGCUGCAGUACACGUUUAAAAACAGCUGCGUCGUCUCCUGGUGA